AUGCCGCCUGUAUGGAGGCCGAGCAGUUACAUUGCUUCCACAGAGUCAAGGAUAACGUCCUGGAUGUCGACAAUAGAGGUUGCACAUAAAACUGAGGGAUCAAAUCUCCUGAGAAGGAAUUCGGAUGAUGUGGGAUGGGAAUAUGGGGUUCUUGUUGAUGCUAACAAUAAGGACAAGGUGAAAUGCAAACUCUGUGACAAGGUGCUGCAAGGAGGGAUUUAUCGGUUGAAGCAACAUGUGGCCCAUGAAGGAAAGAAUGCGACGAAAUGCAAGGCCAGAACACCGGAGGCUCUGGAGGCUAAAGAGAAGUGCAAGAAAGCACUAAAUGAUGCAAAAAUGAAGAGGGAGGAGAAGACUGUUCGUGAGCUAGAACCUAGAGAGGAAGUGAAUGUUUCUCGGGUUGGAGGUGGAGAAUCAGAGGAAGUCACUUGUAUUGGAAGUUCAGAGCCUCACAAAUUAGGACCCAUUUGUUUCAACUCCAAGCUGAUUAAUAAGAAAGAAACUCCUUAG